AUGGCGUCCCAGCAAGAUCUCCAAGAGCUUCUUCGGCUCUUGACCUUGGGCAAGGUCCCGAUCAAGGACGCCAUGAUGCGAGUGAAGGCGCUCCAGGCCAAGAACCUGCGGAGCAUUCAGCAAAUAGCAGAAGCGCCACUUUCCGAUAUCGAAGCCGCCAUUACCGACGCCAAGGCGGCCAGGUCUCUACACAAUGCCUGCAAAGCCCGGUUGAAGAACCCAAACCCCUCGUCGACAAGCAAACGGGCCGGCGCCGAGCUCCUGCAGUCCGCGCAGAAGCGCUCCAAGGCCUCAGACGAUGCCGGCUUCUUGGACGGACCCACGCCCCUCUCGCCGGCUGAGGUCGAGGCGUCCCUCGUACUCCCCCUGGAGACGGACGAAGAAGUCAUCGCCGAGACGACCCUGGUGACCAACCGGGCUCCCCUUGUGCUAGCAUUUGCAGUCGAGCUGCUGCGAUACACAAUGCCGGAACAGCCGCCGAGCUCGAGGCUUAGUCUAGCCCAGGCGGUCGUGAGUGCGAACUCAAGGAGCAAGGCCGUCUCCAUUGGUCUCGAGAAGGGACCAAGUGCGGAUGACGAGGGUUGGGGGCACGGACAACCGCGGCUGAAGAUCAUGGGGAGAGAGAUCACAGUGUUGAAGAGGAGUGGAUACGAGUGGAAGGGAGAAGAGGAGCAUACGCCAAAGGUGCCAAAUAGCGUGGCAUCAAGUGUCACGGAACCGGCGGACCCGGGCGACAGUAUCAAACAAGAGAAGGAGACAGCAGCAAGUAUCUCCAGGUCGUGGUCAGCGAGUUCUCCGGUCUCGUUCAAGCAAUCGACCUUCAUUGUACGGGCCACGCAGAUCACUCAAGCCUCGCAACGGCAAACCACUCUGCAAUCCCUCUUCAACGCCAUUCCCAAUCUGCAGACUGCCUCACACAACGCCUGGGCGUAUCGCGUCAAGAAGCCGGAUAUGUUUGGCUCGCAUACCAUAAAGGAGGAGUCAUUCGAUGAUGGGGAGUCGGGCUGUGGCGAUUUUCUGCUGAAGAACAUGCGCGAAGUGAAUGCUGUGGACACACUCGUCGUAAUGACUAGGUGGUACGGUGGCAUCAUGCUCGGCCCAGACCGUUGGCGGAUCAUGCGCAAUUGUCUCAAGGAGGCCCUAGCCGAGCGGCUCAGAGUCACCGGCGAGCAGGCCAGCGUGGGCGGCGAGGCAGUCUGGGGACUUGACCUCGAGGCCAUGAGAAAUAAGUCUUCUUCCACAGCAUCAGGGUCGAGGUCCCAUGAGGCUGGCGUCAUCGGAAUGCCGGUUCACAGGCCAGAAGCCGCGAGAAGCUAUCUCCUCAAGAGCUUCGCGGCCAGACUAGAAGCCGGAGGCGGCGAGGAGCAAACGACACCGAAGAAGAAGACGGUCAAGGCGAUGAAUAUCGAGAAGGAGGAGAAUUUAGGACGGCUACUCGGCGCUCUCAGGAUGCUAUAUGAUAGCUGGGCUGAUCACCUGAGCGCCUCGGAGCUGGAUCGACGUGCUUGGGGCUGGUACGUCGCUGUGAGACCUGAGGUCGAGGGUGGUCCCUCUGGCUGGGGCGCGAAGGGAAAUCUGCAUUUGAAAGCGAUCCUUGACUUGCGGCGAAAAGGGCAAUGA